GAGGGACAGAAGGCUUGUUCUUGUUACACUUUUGAAGGUGAACUGACCAGCGGAAGAUUGUACUGGGAAAGAGCACAAGAAUUUUGUGAGGCUACAAAUAAACACCUGGUUGUCAUGGAGACUGAGAGAGAAUGGCAAUUUAUUACCGACGAAAUUGGGAAGCUAAAUACAAAAUAUAAUGAGUGGCACAUAGGUUUAUUUAAUGCGAGUGGAAACUGGACCUGGGUCAAUGGUAAACCUCUAACUUUAAACAAGUGGCAAGAACGUGAACCUGACACUAGGGACCUUUAUGUGAUCAUUCAUAAGAACUUUCCCAAGGGUUCUCAUGGGACAUUCAGCGGCAGUAAAGGAGUUUCAAGAGAUUAUAUUUGCGAGCAAGAAACAGGUAAAACUAAGUCACAUUUUGGUGUACUCUAA